CCCGCUUAAAAUCAGCCAUUUAUUUAUUAACACUGCGUCUCAAUUCCUCUCCCUCUGCAAUUAAAGAAAGCCCUGAUUUUGUGGUGAAUUCAAUCUUCCUCUUUUUUCAACUUUGCCAUUGCUCUCUGCAAUCAAUGGCGAGUUCCGCCGGAGUGAGGAGGUCGACGACGUCGUCUCUGGCGAAACGCCACGCUUCUGCUUCCGAUAGUGUUGGUCAGCCGUCUUCGUCCGCCGCCGCGGCCGCGAAGAAGCGACCGGCGCUUUCCAACGUCACUAAUCAGAGGCGUGGAUCCGGUUCCUUCAGUUCCGGCCGGGUUUCCAAGCCGGAAUCGGCUAAAAUUGUGCCGUGUACCAAAAAAAAUGUGAACAUAAAGAAAGGAUCUUCGGUUUCCUCGAAUGGAAGCUCCUAUGGAGUUUUUCAGCCUGCGACCACCACUUCUGUGAAACAUAACACGGUUGCUACGGGUAGAUCUUCGUCUUUAGUCAAGAGGGAUGUAGCCAUUCCGAAGGCUGUUCCGGAAACCGUGUCAUACAGAAUGAAUUUGUCUUUGGACAAAUCAGACUCAUUAUCUGUUUCAAUGGAUGAAUCCAUGUCCACUUGCGAUUCUUUGAGGAGCCCUGAUGUCGAGUAUGUGGAUAAUAAUGAUCUAGCUGCAAUAGAUUCCAUUGAGAGAAAGGCUUCAAACAUGCUUUGCAUCUCAGAACCCAUGGAAAUUGCAGAGGUUAUAUGCAAGCGAGAUGUGGUGGCAGCAAUGGAAGCCGGUGACAAGAUUGUCGACAUUGAUGAUAAUCUAGAAGACCCACAGCUCUGUGCAACCAUUGCUUGUGAUAUAUACAAGCACUUGAGAGCAUCUGAGGCAAAGAAAAGGCCUUCUGCUAGCUUCAUGGAGAGAGUGCAAAAGGAUAUCAAUGCCAGCAUGCGAGCAAUUCUCAUCGAUUGGCUUAUUGAGGUAGCUGAGGAAUACAGACUUGUUCCUGACACAUUGUACCUGACUGUGAACUAUAUUGAUCGUUAUCUCUCCGGAAAUGCAAUGGACAGACAAAGAUUGCAGCUGCUUGGUGUAGCUUGCAUGAUGAUUGCAUCGAAAUAUGAAGAGAUUUGUGCACCUCAGGUGGAGGAGUUCUGCUAUAUAACUGAUAACACAUAUGUUAAGGAAGAGGUUCUGCAAAUGGAAUCUACAGUUUUGAAUUUCUUGAAAUUUGAAAUGACAGCGCCAACGGUUAAAUGUUUCUUGAGGAGGUUUGUUAGGGUUGCACAAGAGGUAACCGAGGCCCCAGCAAUGCUAUUGGAGUGCAUGGCCAAUUACGUCGCAGAGCUAUCUCUAUUAGAGUACAGUAUGUUGAGCUUCGCUCCAUCCUCAAUAGCAGCUUCAUCGAUUUUCUUGGCCAGAUAUAUUCUCCUCCCUACUAAGAGGCCUUGGAAUGCUACCUUGCGGCAUUACACCCUCUACCAACCCUUUGAGCUACGCGACUGUGUGUUGGCGCUACACGGUUUUUGCUGCAACAGUAGCAAUUCAAGCCUGCCUGCAAUUAGGGAGAAGUAUAGCCAGCAUAAGUACAAAAUUGUGGCUAAGAAAAGCUGCCCUCCAUCAAUACCAACAGAGUACUUCCACAAUGUAAGCCGCAGCUAAGGUAGUCUUUGCAAGCUGCAACACCUACAAUGUUGGAUGAUAAUAGAGCUCUGAUAAUUGCUGUAACUCAGUUUUAGCCUCCUAACAUUUGAUGUAUAGAUGAGAUAUCUUGAGAUUUCUCAAUGUUGUUAUGAUCUCAUUUCGAGGUUGGGUUUUUUUUUUAAUACAAAAUUGAGCUCUAGCAAAAUUACAUGUAAAACGACUAUGGCAUUAUUAUUUAUCCCCUUAUUUUAGUGGUUGGGGAUGAAGUUUCAGUGGAUGAAAAAAUCACUUAAACAUUAACAUUUUCCAAGUUCAA